AUGGUACCAGCUAUAAGGGCUGCAGCCUCAGGCAGCCUGGUGUCUGGAAUUACUCGCUGGCCUGAACUAGUUUGCAGGUACCUAUGGAAGAACUACCAAUAUGUAUUGGCCUUUCUUUUUGCUGUUGAGGAGAUCAGUAAGAAUCCCCAUUUGCUCCCCAACCUUUCUUUGGGUUACGAUCUCUACAAUGCAUUUCCCAGUGACAAAAGAACUUUACAAAAUGCUCUGUUUUUGCUCUCUGGGGGGAAUCAGACUUUGCCAAAUUACAACUGCCAGACACAGAAACAACCUAUUGCUAUCAUUGCAGGAAACAUGCCAACAUUUUCAACCCAAGUUGGAACCCUUUUGGAGCUCUACAGGAGCCCACAGGUAAGUCAGAAUCAGGUUAUUUCUUUUCUUAUUCAGGUCACAUAUGGUCCUUUUGACCCCACCCUAAAUGAUACAGACAAAUUUCCAUCAGUUUAUCAGAUGGCCACCAAGGACAGUUCUCUGACUCAUGGAAUCAUCUGGUUGUUGUUGCAUUUUGGCUGGACAUGGGUGGCGCUCUAUGUAUCUGAUGAUAUGCAAGGGGAGCAGUUCCUUCAGGAUGUAAAGGCAAAGAUGACAGAAAAGGAUAUCUGCGUGGACUUUACAGAAAAGCUCCCAGCCACUAAAGGUGUCUUUAUGUUAUAUGACUUUACUUUUGUGAAGAGGAUCAGAGUUUCAUCUGCAAAUGUGCAUAUAAUAUAUGGCGAUGAAGGGAGUGUCUGGAGCCUGGGAACAAAAGAAGAAUUCUAUUUAAUUUUGGGAAAAGUAUGGAUAAUGAGAAAUCUCCACUCCUCAGAGUGGAAAGCUAUUAUGACUGUUAUGGCGCACUUGCCAUACUUUUUCCAUGGAAGUCUCUUAUUUUCAAACCAGAAAAGGAAAAUUCCUGGCUUUAAACAAUUUCUCAAGACAGUCAACCCUUCCCAAUACCCAGAAGAUUUUUACUUCAGCAAACUCUGGGUUUACUUUUUUAAUUGCUCCCUUACUGGAUCUCUAUGUGGAAAACUUGGAGACUGCCCACAAAAAUUUUUUCUAGAGUUUCUACCAUCCUAUUUGGACAUGAUGACCAUAUCGGACUCCAGCUUCUUUAUCUAUCAUGCUGUGCAUGGGGUGGUCCAAGUUCUUUAUAAGAUGCUUUUGCAGAAAAUAGAAAUGGGAUCUCCAGGAGAUGCAGACCAGCCUAUUCUUCCCUGGCAGCUUCAUCCAUUUCUGAGGAAAAGCCAAAUGACAAACAGCAUCGGAUACAACAUGCCCGCACGUGAAGAAAGAAAUACGAUACAGUAUGAUAUCAACAACUUUGUGAGGUUUCCUAAUCACAGUUGGCUGUUUGUUAAAGUGGGAGAUUUCAUCUACAGGAACACUCAUGAUCAAGGAUUGGUCAUCAAUGAAGAGAUGAUAAACUGGCCUGUUAGUUUCAAAGAGACUCCUAAAUCUGUGUGUAGCCACAGCUGUGUUCCUGGAUUCCAGAAAAUUCCCCAAGAAGGAAGACCUGUUUGCUGCUUUACUUGUGUUUCUUGCCCGGAGUCAGACAUUUCAAAUCAAUCAAAUGCAAAGCAGUGUAUCCAGUGCCCAGCUCAAGAGUAUCCAAACAGUGAGAGAACUCACUGCCUCCCCAAGGCUGUGAUGUUCCUGGCUUUUGAGGAUGCUUUGGGGACAGCGAUGGGCUGCAUGGCUCUGUGCUUCUUUGUCCUCACAGCUGUAGUUUUGGGAGUCUUUGUGAAGCACCGAGACACACCCAUUGUCAAAGCCAACAACCAGGAUCUCAGCUUUAUUCUGCUCAUCACCCUCCUGCUGUGCUUCCUCUGCUCCUUGCUCUUCAUUGGCCAUCCUAACACUGUCACCUGCGUCCUCCAACAAGUCACAUUUGGCCUUGUGUUCACUGUGGCUGUUUCCACUGUUUUGGCCAAAACCAUUACUGUGAUUCUGGCAUUCAAGGUCAUGAAGCCUGGAAGAACAAUGAAGCGCUUGCUGCUCUCAGGGGCUUCCAACUCUGUCAUUCUCAUUUGCUCCCUGAUCCAAAUGAUUAUCUGUGGAAUCUGGUUGAGAACCGCUCCCCCUUUUGUUGAUAUAGACUCACACUCUGAGCCCAGAAACCUCCUCAUCGUGUGCAACAAGGGCUCAGUCACUGCCUUCUACUGUGUCCUUGGCUACCUGGGCUUCUUGGCUCUGGGGAGCUUCACUGUGGCUUUCCUGGCCAGGAACCUGCCUGACACAUUCAAUGAAGCCAAGUUCCUUACAUUCAGCAUGCUGGUGUUCUGCAGUGUCUGGGUCACAUUUGUCCCCGUCUAUCACAGCACCAAGGGGAAAUUUAUGGUGGCCGUCGAGGUCUUCUCCAUCUUGGCCUCCAGUGCAGGGCUCCUAGGCUGCAUCUUUGUCCCCAAGUGCUACAUUAUUCUGAUAAGGCCUUAUGAGAACUCCUGGAAAGCUUUAAAAAACAGAAGAGGUUCUAAAUAA